AAACAAUUCUUUCCUUUAUUUUAUGCUGCCUAUCCUUAAAGACUGUGUCAAAUUUUUUGGCUCUUUUCGUUGACAUAAGUAUCCGGUAAGCAUGGAGACUACUGCCUUAAUAGACGAGUACGAACAUACUAUACCUGGUGUCAUGUACGUAGUGCAGAAUAUACCAGGUCCUGAAAUAGACAUAGAAGAAUUCGAGUCAGAGUACAUAUUAGGCUGUACGUGUACAGAUCAAUGCUUUGAUUGUUCAUGCACACGUGGUUCUCCCAAUUAUAUAAAUGGUCUUCUAUCGGAUGGGAAAUUAUCAGGACCGAUAAUCGAAUGCAAUUCUCACUGUACCUGUAGAGAAAAUUGUGGCAACAGAGUGAUACAAAAGGGUCCAUUGGAUUCUUUAAUCGUAUCAGAAAUUAGUCAGAAGGGACUCGGUUUGUUUACCACUAAGUUCAUCAGAAGACGCCAAUUCAUUUGCGAAUACGCUGGCGAGAUUAUUGGUAUCGAGGAGGCACGACGUAGAGUUGAAGAGAAUAAAAACAGCAUGAAUUACGUUCUUGUGGUUUCUGAGCAUAUUGGCGAUCGAGUGAUAGUGACGUGCAUAGAUCCAAAGUAUUUUGGCAACAUUGGCCGUUAUUCGAAUCAUAGCUGUGAACCGAACGCCGAUCUUGUUCCUAUCAGAGUCGAGGGAGCGGUGCCAAGGCUAUGUUUGUUCGCGUCCAGAGAUAUUCAGAUCGGUGAAGAGAUAACGUUUAAUUAUGCUGACGGAGUUGCUAAUUCCGUCCAUAAUCUCAGCGACACACCUUGCCUUUGUGGUUCGAACAACUGUUUUGGCUAUCUGCCUCAUAAUUCUAUUUGA